GGCAGCUCUCAAGCCUCUCUCUUCUAUGAGUGUCAACAUAACCAGGACGGGAGAGUGCACGUUUUGCACGGUAUUUUACAAGUAAAAACGCGAGAUCGUCAUCGAGGAUAAAAGUAAUUUUGCAGUGCGAGGGAGCAGACAUGAGAUUGACGUUGAGCCUGCUAAGACAACGCGUGGGAGAAUGGUCGAAAAAAUAUGCGAAUCUACCGGACAGUUACAUAAAUCGAGCUAUGGCACAGGUUUAUUGGAGGACACCUCGCAGGCCGAAUUAUUUGCCACGCACAUCCGAAAGAAAACGGUUUCGCUUCUCCAUACAUCGUCCAUGGACUAAUCAGUUUCAACGUGACAAUGCACCUGGUCUACAUCCAAAAUUUGUUCACGUGGAACCUAUCAAGAAUUGGACCUUCUUCCGGGGUGAUAGGGUAGAGGUUUUAGUAGGGAAAGAUAAAGGGAAGCAAGGAAUCGUAAAAGAGAUUUAUCAAGAGAGGAAUUGGGUAAUUGUCGAAGGACUUAAUACAAAGCUGAAAUGCACUAUGAAGAGUAAAACCUUUCCUGGAGUGUACAUGCUGAUAGAACAGCCGCUUUUGGUGACGUCGCAGGUGCAGUUGGUUGACCCUUCGGAUAGGCAGGGGACACCAAUAGAGUGGCGAUACACUGAGGAUGGCAGGCCUAUACGUGUAUCCGUGAGAACUGGUAGAAUAAUUCCCAUUCCUGUCGUGUCUGAAGAGACGCAGGAUUACAAACUGCCUCGGUUGUAUCUGGAGCGCGCAAAGGAUACGACUCAAUCUGAAGUAGAAAAAAUAACUUAUGAGCCAGCAUUGAAAACCUUCGAGAUGGAUAUCAUGGAACAAAUGGAGAUUAAAGAGGAUCGUAUUCCAAAGAAAUUUUAUUGGUAUUAAUCAAUAUUAUAUACAAUUCUCGCUGUUAUUAAUGUACAGCUAUAAUAUUUAAUAAAUAUAUUAAGCGAACAAA